ACACUCGCAUCAUGACCCCGAGACAGAGCUGGACACCAGACUCCAGUCCUUUGUGGGUCUUGCUCCUGUGUGCCCACAUCAGCACUCUCCUGGCCAGAGCCACACCCAUACCUCAGACCAUCACAGCUACCAUGGCAGCCAGGAGCACAAAGGACCCCUGUCCCUCCUGGCCCCCGGCAGCUAGGCAGUGCCCAGCCUUGAAGGUGACCUGGCCAGAGACGGCAGUGCCACUGGAUGGAGCGCUGACCUUGUCCUGUACUGCCUGCAGCCGCUUCCACCACUUCAGCAUCCUCUACUGGUUGGGCAACGGGUCCUUCAUCGAGCACCUCCCAGGCCAGCUGCGGGAGGGCAACAUCAGUCGGGUGUGUGGGGACGCAAGCAGGGACCUGGUGCUGGAGAAGCUGAGUCCCGCCCUGCUCAGCACCAACUUCUCGUGUGUGUCCGUGGACCCUGAGCGGGUUGCCCAGCAUCACGUCGUCCUGGCCCAGCUCUGGGCUGGGCUGAGGACAGCCCCAUCCCCCAGCCACAGCCCAGGGCCACAGCUGCCUACAGCCGUAGGAAUCGGCACAGGGCCGGCAACGGCUCCACCUUGACCAGAGCCUGGGCACAGCCCACCGGGAGAGUGAACAGUCCUGACUGCCCUCAGGCUGUUCAGGGGAGCGGCUCAUCCUCCCAUCACCCCCCCAUCUUCUCCUGUGUUGGCUCCCUUCUCUCACCAGAUCCAAACUCCCUUUCCAUCCACCUAUAAAGUCACAAUAAUCUCCUUAGUGCUUCCUCCUGCCAUUCUCUUUCCAAGAGCCUGUGACUUUACUUUUUUCUUUUUUUUUGAGUCGGAGUCUCGCUGCCUCACCCAAGC